AUGGCUAAGACCAAAGAGGCUGGUGCCCUCGAGGCGUGCAACAAGGUCACGCUGCUCGGCAACAAGAUCUCUGUGCACAUGCUCGAGUAUCUGAGCACUGUCAAGCACCACCCUGACGGCUUUGAGCAGCUCACCCGCGAGUUUCUCGAUAUCUGCCGCAUUCUCUUCUCCAUCGAGGCCGGACUCAGCGACAGUGCCGAUUCUGGCCGCCGCUUCCCGCCUGACAUGGUCGUCGAGCUGGAGCGCAAGUUCCGUUCGACCCAGUCAGACUUCCAGGAGCUCGACCGCAUGGUCCACAAAUUCCUGGAGUACGAGCACAAGGGCACUGUGGGCCGCAUCCAGAAGGGCUUCCGUCGCGUGUUCCCUGACCACGACAUCCACCGGAUGCGCGAGUCGCUGGCCCGUUCGCGCGAGGCCCUGCGCAUGAGCGCCCUCGUCUUCCAGUGGUCGCUGGGCGAAGCCCGCAUCGAGGAGUCUGUCGGCAUCGGCUACACCGGCCUUGCCGCCGCUCUCGACCGCAUCCACGGCAACCGUCCGGCGCUCAGCGGCACCAUGAACAACCCGGAGACCGCCAGGUCGGUCGGCAGCUCUGGCAGUGCUAGUGCUACCAGGCCAGCUGAAGUGACGCCAACGCCGCAGGCCACUGACAACAGCAGCACCCACAACAGGACCAACGGCUCGUCUCACGGGGCUUCCGCCGACGGCAACGGUGUGGAGGCGGCAACCGCGGCCGGCACUGCCAUCACGACUAACACGGCCGUGCCGGCGCAGUCGUCACCGACCAACGGUGCCAGCCUCUCGCGCACGCGCACAGCUGACCCGCCGUCUCCACCGCCGCAGCACGAGCCGCCACCGCACCAGCGCCCGCCAGUCAAGUCCAUGCUGGACGUUGCAAGCGAUCGGGACGCUGGCAAAGAACUCAACCUGAGCGAGGAGCUGCGGCUAUUCCCUGAUCUGCGGCGGCGGCCGUCGACGUCCAACAACACGACAUCGUCGUCGGUGCGCGACACGAUGGUGUCGACAAGCAACCUGAGCACGGGGCUGGCAUUGACGUCGGCGUCGAACGGGUCAACGACGACCGGCCGCAGCCGGAUGAAUGGCGGCAGCAGCAACGGAGCGGCAACGUCGCACGUGACGACGGCGACGUCAGGCAGCGGUGGCGAGCUGCGGUCGCGACACGGGGCCAUGGGCGUGCAGCAGAUGCUGUCGGACCAGCUGGAGACAAUGUCGAUUGCGGCAUCGACGGCAGAGGACAGCGAGACGCACGCACACGGCCAGGCGACAGCGACGCCGAUCAAGGUGGUGCGGCUGAAGGCGGACCCGCAGUCGAUGCCCCGAUGGUCGGCGCGCAACAAUGCAGGCGCCGGCGUGGCCAGCCUACGGACGGCACUGGUGGCGGCAGUGCAGGGCGCCAACUACACGCUGAUGGAGCAGCUGCUGGACCGCGGUGUGACGCCUGAGGCGGGCCUGCUGCACGAGGCCAUUGUGCGGCACGACGUCGAGAGCAUGCGGCUGCUGCUGCUAUUUGGCGCAGAUGUGAACGCGGCCGACCGGGCGGGCGUGACGCCGCUGCUGGCGGCUGUGGAGGAGGCCUUUUCAGAGGGCGCAACGCUGCUGAUCAAGUAUGGGGCGGACGUGAAUCGGGCGGGUGCGAGUCCGCCGGCACGCGACCGUCAGGAGCCGCCGCUGGCAGCAGCGCUGGCGACUGGGCGAUUGGGCCUGGCGCAACUGCUGCUGGCAUACGGGGCCGAGCCGAACCAGCCGGUGCAACGGGUGGGCCACAGCAGCAGCGACAGCGACAGCGGCGGCACGGACAACAGCACGACGCUGCUGUUGAGUGCGAUUGCGCGCAAGAAGUCGCGCAAGAAGGCCGAUCUGCUGCUGGCAUACGGCGCCGACCCCAAUGCAAAGGAUGGUCACGGCACGUCGCCGCUGUAUGCAGCCGUGCAGUCGAGCCGGCCGGACAUUGUGGCGGCACUCCUGGAUCACGGAGCAGACGUCAACCGGCCCGGACCCAAGCAUGUUCUGUGGCAAGCCAUCCACCAUCCGUCAUCGCUGGCGCUUCUGCUGCAGCGUGGCGCGGACAUGCGGCGGACGCCCGGCAUCAUGGAGCUGGCGACCAGUCUGAACAAGGUGGAGGCAGUCAAGGCGCUGAUUGCGAGCGGUGCCGACGUGGACGCCAAGAAGGACGGGGUGUACACGCCGCUGUGCACGGCGAUCCGCGACGACCACAUUGACAUCUUCCAGCUGCUGCUGGCCAGCGGCGCCGACCCAAACCUGCCGGCAACGGAGUACCCGGCGUGGAAGUGCGUGACGCACAAGCGAGUGCACCUGCUGCCGCAGCUGCUGGCGGCUGGUGCAGACCUGCAAUCGCCACCGGGCAUCGCGGAGCUGGCGGUGCAGGUGGGCAAUACGGAGACGCUGGUGUGGCUUCUAGAGCAAGGUGGCGUGAGCCCGGACCAGCGCAGUGCACGCGGCUACACACCACUGACGACGGCUCUGCGGCAGAACCGGCCGGACCUGAUGCAGACGCUGCUCGACCACGGGGCCGAUGCAGGUGCACGCGGCGAGGACUGGCCGCUGAUCAUGGCGGUGGCCCACCCGGAGCUGCUGGAGCGUCUGUUGCCGGCCGUGGCCGAUCCUCGUGCUGUUCGCGGCGUGCUGGAGCGAGCGGUGGCUGCCGGCUCGCUGGAGUCGGUCAAGCUGCUGCUGGCGGCCGGUGUGAGUGUGGAGGACAAGACGGGCGGCGUGUUCUCGCCGCUGACAACGGCCCUGCGCGAGGAAAGGAAGGAUCUGGUGGCGUACCUGCUAGAGGAGGCCGGAGCCAACCCCAAUGCGCCUGGCGAGCAUCUGCCGCUCGUCAAGGCCAUUCGAGCCGGCCAUCAUCAGGAGGACAUGGGCGCUUUGGCGGUGCGCAAGCUGCUGGCCCAUGGCGCCGACAUCAACAAAACGUACCGCGGCUGGAACGCGGUGAUGCAGGUGCUCGAGGAUGGCAAUGCCGACCUGCUGCGCAUUCUCAUCGCCGACGGCCGCGCCAUCGACCUCGAUGUUGCCGAUGACGACGGCCGCACUGUUGCUCAGAUGGCAGCAGCUCGCAACUGGCCCGAAGGCUCUGAGAUCCUGCUGGCCCACGCGGAGAAAUGA